CAAAUAUUGUAAUAGCCCCCCCAAAAUUUUGUCGUCUUUAUGUGAAAAUAUAUGAUAUAUAUAUUUACUAAUUGUACAGUACUUAUUCGCGAAUGUUCUCGUACGUUAGUGCUUAUCGAGAACCUUCGAGAAACAUUAUAUAAUCGAUAACGUCAUAAUAUCUUUAAGAUUAUUCGAGAACAAUCGAGAGCAUUAUCUCGCAUCUAUAUAUAUCAGAAAAACUAAACCGUCAGUUACCAGUCCGCAGCAUAGUCCCGCACGAAGUAACACGCGUCGCAUUGUAAACAAGUCCGCCGCCGCCGCCGUCGCCGCUAUACCUAGUGUGUUAAUCUGUUUUAAUAGUGGCUACUCCGUAAUUAUUUUAUAUUUUUAUAUCUCGUAUUUUUAAAAUGUUCUUUAACCGUUGGUGAGCCUUAAUAAUAAAAUAAUAAUAAAUAAUAAAAUGUCUAAAAGUACUACAUAUUAUGAUAUUUUUAAUGUAAAUAAAAAACAAAAUAAUCUAACACACGAAUCACCAAAUGUUUUAAAAGACCAUUAUCAGGACUUGUUGGACAUAUCUAAACAAGAUUUAAGAUCAGAAAUGACAGUUGCCAAAAAUUGUAUUAAAAGUUCAUGCGAUAAAAAUGAUUUUAAACUUGAAGAUAUAAAAAAAUAUGUCUCAAAGCAAGUCUACCCAAAUGUGUACAAAUUGUUGCAAGUGGCGAUCACUCUUCCAAUUAGUUCAUCAACAUGUGAGCGUUCUUUUUCGGCAAUGAGACGCUUAAAAACAUGGUUAAGAACAUCUAUGCUUCAAAAUCGUUUCAACACAAUUUCAAUACUUAAUAUUGAAAAGGAUAUUGUAAAGCAUAUUGACAAUGACUCCAUAAUCAACAAAUUUGCAAGAAAAAAUAGAACAAUUGUGUUACAAUAAUUUUAAUAAACUUUAUUCUUUUAAUGGUCUU